UCAUCAUCAGCCCCUCCAACUUAAUUGCAGCUUAAUCCAUUUCCUCAAACAUAAUCAAGAUUAAGCAGAAGCUGAUAAGAUCAGAGAUCAUGAAGCAGCUUACAGCUUUUUUUAAGUUGUCCAUCUUUAUUCCUCUUCUUCUCGUUGCAUGUUUAACAAGAGCUCAAGAAGUUGAUGACGAGAGGGAGUUCAGCUACGAGGAAAACAGCGAGAUCGGGCCGGCGCACUGGGGAGAAAUCCGGCCCGAAUGGAAGGAGUGCAGCUCCGGGGAAAUGCAAUCUCCCAUUGAUCUGCUGAAUGAAAGGGUUGAAGUAGUUUCCCAUUUGGGCAAACUCAAGAGAAGUUAUAAACCCUCCAACACUACCCUUAUCAAUCGUGGUCACGAUAUGAUGUUAAGAUGGCCUGGAGGAGCAGGGCACAUAAAUAUCAAUGGAACCCUAUAUCAACUCAAGCAAUGCCACUGGCACUCACCUUCAGAACACACUAUCAGUGGCAGGAGGUUCGACAUGGAAGUUCAUCUAGUCCACCAAAGCGAUGAUAAUCGUAUUGCAGUAAUCGGAAUUAUGUACAAAAUCGGGCGCCCCGACUCUUUCUUAUCCAUGAUGAAACGCAAUUUAAAAGCAGUUGCUGAAAUGCGAGACGUAGAAAAAACUAUCGGAAUUAUCGAUCCCAAACUCAUAAAAUUGGGAAGUAGGAAGUACUAUAGGUACAUUGGUUCACUCACCACUCCUCCUUGCACUCAGAAUGUCAUCUGGACAAUUGUGAGAAAGGUCAGAACUGUAACUAGAGAACAAGUUGAAUUGAUACGUGAUGUUGUCCACGACGACUCAGAAGCAAACGCUAGACCCAUCCAACCGGUGCACGAGCGUCUGGUGGAACUUUAUAGACCAAGAGAUGGAAAUUAAAAUUGUUUACACUAUGUAUAAUUAAAUAAUAUUCAACAGUAUUUAUUCAAAUAUAUAUAAACCACGAGGAUUAAUUAGCAUUAGAAAUUCAAUAAUAAAUAGGAUAAGAUACUUUAUUUGUCUUCUUUUUGGGUAUUGUUUAUUCGUUAUUUAUUAUAUACUCAAUAAAAAUGAUACUUUUUUGUGCA